AUGUUGCUCCAACAGAAAUAUCCUCUUAAAAAGGAUGUGGUUAGAGCUGUGUCCAUACAGACUGGCUACAUGGUCCAGAGCCAGGGGCCCAACCACUGUGUCCUCACAUACAUGGCGCAGCUAGAUCCACGAGGUUCAUUACCCAAGUGGGUUGUGAAAAAGUUUUCCCACUACCUUGCACCAGGCGCAAUGAAGAGUAUUAACAAAGCAUGUUUGAAGUAUUCCGACUGGAAGCAGAGACACAACCCUGGAUUGAAGCCUUGGCUCUACCCAGAACAGACUACAUUACCCAGCAUCCCACUUUCUGAGCUUAGCAUUCAGCAUGCCAAGAGCCUGGAAAAUAUUGAUGAGAGCUCCCUGGCUGAGACCAAUGACAGGGAUGACAGCUACUAA